AUGGCGAGUCAAACCCAGUUUCAGCUAUUUCCUCAAGUGCAACCGCAAAACAGGCCCAAUGGCAAUCCGUUCAGAAAGGGCCAUCGCCGACGAGCUACGAAGUCCCCAGUUGUCUCUCCGGUCGUCCCACCCAUCUUAGACGUUGACAAAACAUCUGCUCAAACGGAGGCAGUCAUCCUUCAAAUUAUCGAGGACACAAAUAAAACUCCUCUGGCACCUCCUCCGCCUACUCAUAUUGCAAGAUCACCUUCACCUUCGGCCACUGCCAAACCAAGGGAGGAGGCGAAAGCGUUUGGGUCUCCACAGAGAUCUGGCAAUGGCAAAUCUCCUUCCACUCAGUCUUUUGCACCGGAAUCUAUCCGAUCCGGAUCUCCGGUUCAAAUCGAGGUGACCUUGGGCUCUCCGUCAAAAUCAGCUACCUCGCCGGUAGUACCUAUGCGAUCGAUAUUUCCUAAGUACAAUCCCAAUGUGCCUUUAAAUCAGCAGCAUUACUAUCCGCGACGCUCGACUCCUUAUGAUCAUCCACGAGAAGUUGUAUCGAGAUGUGACUACAGCCCAAGUUUAACAUCUCCUCAAUCCGCUAUCCCUCACACGAAGCGAGAGUCUACUCAACUUGCAAUAGCUUCAAAACUUUCGUCAACAGAGCAACUCACACGUCUAUGGGAGGCCGCAAAUGGAUCAGGACCGCAACCCGAUCUUGGGACCUUCCAUCUGCGUAUUUCCAGGAUUGACCAUCUAACAUUUGCUUUUGGAAACCAUUCCACGUCACUAUAUAGCUUUAAAAUUAACGCUAUUGGUGACGUUGAAAUUCAAAGGUCCCAUCCAACUAUGGAUUAUACCAAAUCACCCAUCAUUACACUCAAUAAUGCGGAUAUUAAUCAAGUUAAGGGGACCAGCUACAUCACGAUUGUUUUCCCCAUGUUGGCAGAGAUCCUAGCUAGAGAUCAAGCCUUGAGCUUGUCAAGGCAGCAUCAAUUAGCACCAACAGAUGCGAUGGAAGUAGAGGAUGACGCUGUUAGACGGGCCCAAGAACAGGAGUCUUGCAUCCUAGAAUGGAACGGCGCUCACUGCCGAUACAACGUCCACCAUCAGGCCUUGUUUAAUGCCCCGAGUGACGAUCUAUCGAAUAAAGCUGAACGUUCGGGAUCCCCCACCACUAAAACACGAGGUCAAAUAUUGCAUCUUACGGUUUCCUCCAAUACAACAGAUAGCGCAAUUCUAGGUCAUCCUCCAUCGAUUCUCAUUACAGUCCCAGGCAAAGACUCUUCCAAAGACACUCCAUUGGCAGCGUUGGACCUUGAGACAAUGAUGCUAUCAAUUUCAGCUGGUGUCAUAUCCUCUAUUGUUCCAGCCUUAUACUGCAUAGAUACGUUAGUUGCCUCAAUCUUCAUAAUUGCAGCCACCGACCAAUCUACUAGAGCCAUUCUAGCGGACAUGGGAAUCGAACCCCCCGAGGCCAAUGGGGAAUUCCACGAUCCUUAUCUCAUCACCCCCCCGCCUUCUGGGAAAACACCGGCAGUUAUUGCUUCGCAACCACGUUUUAAUGGCCCGCUAAUAGCAACGCAAGCAGAGCGUGAGGAGGCAGAGCAAGAAUCCGAGCUAAUGUCUCAAAUUCGCUCUUCUCCCAAAAGCAAACCAAUUUUUCCGUUUUGGAGAAGAUCACAAACAUCCUUACAAGUGAAGGUCAAAACGAAAAAGCGAAAGCAGAUUCCAGUGGUGAUUGAAGAAGUGGACCUAGAAAACUAUGGACGCUACAGCAGCGGAUCUAGCGAGGGGGAAAAGCUCCCCGCCCUCACGAGAUCCGUGCUAAAGCUAAUAUUCUGGGGAUUCAGAGCUGUUAUCUGGGGACUGACUGUUGCUGUGAAGUUCAUAGCAUGGCUGUUGAUUAGCAUGACGAAGUGUUUUACCAGCGAUAAAUUUUAG